AUGGAUACGCCGGAGACUCCGGUUCACACGUCCGAUAUUGAGAAGCAACCGGACACUCAAAAACAAUCCAGUCCUUACCCAUCCCAUCCCAUUGCCCAACUCCAGGGCCCGUUUGAGGAAUCAAUUAUCGAAACGACCGAUCGUUCUAAAACUAAUUGGAUCGUUGACAUUGACGCGCAAACCCGCCGACGUGAUCUAUUAGAGAACGAUGAAUACGAGCGGCUUUGUGGGCGAAAAUGGCGUCAAAGGACCUCUGAAAAAUACCAUCCAUUUUGGAAAUUGAUCUCCCAAAUGGCCUUCGGAGUUCACCUCUUAGCCAAGAGCCUGGCAAAAUCCGAAGCCUCAGUCAUGAAGAUUCUACAGAAACAUGUAAAUGAGUUGGAUGGCUUCUUGGAAAGGACCACCGAAGACUUCUUGAUCGUCCGACUAGACGUUCGCACGCGAAUUCAGUAUCUCAGUCUACCGCUGGGAAACCUUGACGUCUUCGAUGAGAUGCUAGAGGACCGGAAUUUCCGGCUAUCAGUUGUCGCCUAUAAUGAUCAGAUUGAACAUGCCAUUGAAAGAUUCACCCUGGCCGUCACAGACUCCCUGAAAGACCUACAAAAGGCAAAGGAGGCUAUGGGCGCACUGUGGUUCUACUUCCGGAAACUCACGGACGAGGAUUGCUUCAAGACCGAGAGCCUCAAGGCUUUCCACCAGGCCAUGAUGGACAAUAUGGAGGGCUGGAUUGUCGCCAUCUCAAAACUUCGUCGACGGGGCACUGCUCUUCAAAAAGCCCUGAUUCAACUUGGCUUGGCGACUACAGAAAUGCAACGACGGGUGGGAAUAGCCAGUAGGAAGGACGUGCGAUCGUUUAUUAAACACACCAGCAAGACUGUGAAUCGAAACAAGUCGGUCAAGCAAAGACUCUUUGCUAAAGAACGGCCCACAUCCGAAAAGCCUCUUCCUCGGGAUCCAUUAUCAAAGCCAAAGAGGACCCCAACAGUCUCCAAGCAGUUUGAGAGUGCCACAGUUAAAAAUCAAACCGACACCCCUGCGGAUCCACCCAUCCUGGGCGAUGGCAUUCGGCGCAGGAUCAUGAGUCGGGCCAAAUCAUGCAGUGCUCUUAUAGCAGAAGCCGGCGCAGGCGCCGGCAACGAAGCACCACCUCCCCUUCCAUCGACAUCCGGAAGGCUCAAACGCAAGCUCUCCAAGCCCUUCCUACCCAAACGGUCUGCCAGCGAGAAAAUCAGCUCGGCCCAAGGUCGACCGAGAACAGCACCUUCACAGCCCUCACGACUCUCACGCACCAUCUCCAUAGAACAGCUCCGGGCAUUCUGCACCACCCCACGCCCUCGAACUGGACAAUGCACAGCCCAAUCGCCCAUACAAGCGCGACAGGAAGCCCACGACCAACUCACGAAUGGCCGAGAGACCAUGAAGGAGCAGAUAUCCCAGUUCCUCAAGACGGACCGCGUCGUCGAAGCCUGGGAUAGCGUAUCCAAAACCGCAUGCUGUACACUCCCGAUUGCCAAGGCGAAAGAUUGGCCCAGCAGCGUAUUCCGAACCAAGUCUUCUACUACCCUAGAAAAUAAGGUCAACGACACAAGCCUCUCCGGGCCGGAUCUGGACAGGCAGAUGUCCUGGGUACAGGAGACAUUCGAGGUAUUACCUACAUACUCGUUCAAAACGAAACCUGACAUGUCGCCCCGGAUCCAUGUUUUAUCGGUGCAGAUGACCCACGAGGACACCAAUGGGGCUGAGAGAGAGGCGAGUUUGGAUUUGAAAAGUGAAAUCCAGUCGAGUAUCACCGCGUUACCGGCUUUGCCAUCCAUCCCGGUUUAA